GGCCCGGCCCGGCCGCGCUCCCCUAUGGACGAGAGCAGCCCGCUGUCCCCCAAGGCCAACGCGUUCAGUAUCGCCGCUCUCAUUGCAGCCGCCGCGCACGCGGGGAGCGAGGCGCUGGAGGAGCCGGGCGCCGGCCCCGCCAAGCCGCUCAGCCCCGGCGCCGCGCCGCGGAGGAUGCAUUUCAGCACCGUCACCAGGGACAUGGAAGCGUUCACGGCCAACAGCCUGAGCAGCCUGAGCGCGGCCGGCGGCUACCACCUCUCGCCCUCCCCGGGUGACCCGUACGGGCAGCAUGAGCCGCCGCACUACGAGCCCUGCUCGGCGCAGCACCCGCACCCGCUCCCGCACCCGCACCAGCACGCCUACUCCUUCGGGCCCGGGCCCGGCCCGGCCGCCUCCAACCCGCCGCCUCCCGGGCCCGGGCCCGGCCCCGGCCCCGGCCCCGACCCGCCCGAGAGCGGCCCCGGCGGCGCGGCCUCGUCCGGCUGCUCGUCGGCCGCGGGCAAGGCGCCCGUCAAGAAGAACCCCAAGGUGGCCAACGUGAGCGUGCAGCUGGAGAUGAAGGCGCUGUGGGACGAGUUCAACCAGCUGGGCACCGAGAUGAUCGUCACCAAGGCCGGCAGGCGCAUGUUCCCCACCUUCCAAGUGAAGAUCUUCGGCAUGGACCCCAUGGCCGACUACAUGCUGCUCAUGGACUUCGUGCCCGUGGAUGACAAGCGCUACCGAUACGCCUUCCACAGCUCCUCGUGGCUGGUGGCGGGCAAGGCGGACCCCGCCACGCCGGGCAGGGUGCACUACCACCCCGACUCCCCCGCCAAGGGCGCCCAGUGGAUGAAGCAGAUCGUCUCCUUCGACAAGCUCAAGCUGACCAACAACCUGCUGGACGACAACGGGCACAUACCAGCCCCGCUUCCACGUGGUCUACGUGGACCCGCGCAAGGACAGCGAGAAGUACGCGGAGGAGAACUUCAAGACCUUCGUCUUCGAGGAGACGCGCUUCACGGCCGUCACCGCCUACCAGAACCACCGCAUCACGCAGCUCAAGAUCGCCAGCAACCCCUUCGCCAAGGGCUUCCGCGAUUGCGACCCCGAGGACUGGCCCAGGAACCACCGGCCGGGCGCCCUGCCGCUCAUGAGCGCCUUCGCCCGCUCCAGGAACCCGGUGUCGUCCCCCGCGCACCACAACGGCACCGAGAAAGACGCCGCCGCCGAGAGCCGCCGGGAGUACGAGCGGGACGCGGGCGGCGGGACGCCCCUGCACGCCGACGCGGCGCACCAGCAGCUGCUGUCCCGCGUGCUGAGCCCGGCGCUGCCCGUGCCCGGCGCCGGCGGGCUGGUGCCGCUGGGCAGCGCGGCGGGCGGCCGGCCCAGCCCCCCGCACCACGAACUGCGGCUGGAGCCGGCCGCCUCGGAGCCGCUGCAUCACCCGCCCUACAAGUACCCGACGGCCGCCGCCUACGACCACUACCUGGGCGCCAAGAGCCGCGCCGCACCCUACCCGCUGCCCGGCCUGCGCGGCCACGGCUACCACCACCACCACCACCACCACCACGUGGGCCCGGCCGCCGCCAACGUGUACGCGCCCGCCGCGCCCGCCAACUACGACUACGGCCCGCGGUAACCGCGCACGUGGCCGCCGGCGGGAACCCCCGCCUGGAACCCUCUGACGUCACGCGGGGUCCGCCUCCCUCUCUCCCCGCCCCCCCCAAGGAACGAGCUGAUAGGCCGGCUCGGCUCGACAGACAGGCGCGACGCCCAAUCGCGAGGCCGGGGGGGGCCCUCGAACGCGGCCGGCGGUGCUUCACCGCAGCGACUAGACACGCGGGAGUGACGUGCGCCGGCUCCACGUGGGGCAGACGCGCCGUGAUUGGCCGCUGCACUUUGAUUUUAUGAAUGAAGCCAUAUGAUGUGAGAGUGUGUGUGUGUCCAGGCCGCCUCCCGCGGGCCGCCCUGAGGAGCCGCCUCUGCCCCGCGGCCCGGGGGGUCCGUGGUCACGGUCGCAGGCAGCGCCCUCGCAGCUCCCACUCCCCUGCUCCUUCCCCUGCCCGCAGCGGCUGGCAUCCCGGCCGGCCUCGCCCAGGGCCAGGGCGGCACUAGUCGCCGGACACUGCUGCAGCUCCUGGAAAGCCAAAGCUGCGGCCACCUCGUCCCAGACAGGCUUGGGGUGAGCCCCUGGCGCCUUGGUUCUGGCUCUGCCGGGGCCCCGCGCCCCCCACUCCGUGCCUCUGGGGCUGGCCCUUCGUAGCAGGCAGCGCCCAGGGUGCAGUUGCCUGCCUGCUGCACCUCUCCUGGUGCCUCCAGUCUGUACCUUUUAGGGUUUUCCCCUCUGGUUUUUCCCUUCCAGGGGAAAAGAUGACCCGUUCCUCACAGUGCCUCCACCUACCUUGCCAGUAUCCAGGCCAUGGUCUUUGCUUGGUGCUCUCCCGAAGGUCCUGUAUUCUAGAGAAGGCUUUUAUAGUGAAUUGGUGACAGGGUUAUCUGAUGAUACUUCUUCCCCCGCUGUGCACCGUUGUAUGAAAAACAACCCACCUCUUGUCAUACAAGCCCUCUGACAGCCACGGCUACGCACCUCCAUUGCAGACUCAACAAUAUUGCAUUAAAAACCCCCAAACAACCCAUAUUCCUGACUGUUCAGGUGGCAAGUGUUACUAUCGCCAGGACCCUUAAGCCAGCCUUUGACAAUCAGCUGUCUGCCUCCAAAGCUUCUUGGAAGGAGCAAGAAGGGAUGCAGACAAAGGUGAAUAUUUUCUGUCAUUGUAUUUUCUGUUACGAACAGUUGGAUUCACGGUAAAGACUUGUGAAAGAAAUGCAUAUUUUAUUUGACAUUUGCAGUGAAUUGUGAAUUUUUUGUUUUUUAGUGUCUGACUGAAACAUAAUUGCUGUUCUCCAAAAGGUUGAUGUAAAAUAGCCUUGUGCUUCUUUUUUAGCCAGCGGGAAACUGUUCUCUGACAUGUUCUGUUCCCGUGCCGCUGUUAGCUCAGACUUUUCAGUAUGAGUUGUUACCUGUACAUUGAUUAGUGCCAAAGCUUUUGGUCAAAUGUUUAAUGAAGUUGUUGUUAUAUUUAUUUUUUUUUCUUUCUGUCAGAGACUAUACAUCCUGUUUCUUUUCUUGAUAGUUGCAGUAUAGGGGGGUGGGGCAAGACAACCAAAGAGUCAUAUCUGCAAACAGUGUAGAUACUUGUAGAUAUUUGUAGAUAUGUGUAGAUAAUCUUACUAGAGGUAAAUUGAAAAGACAUUGGACAGUGACAUUUAUAAAUGGUUUUCUCUUUUUUUGUUUUUGAAA